AUGGAUAAACAGACUCUGAAGGCAGCAAUUCUUAUUGUGUCGACUACUGCAGCUAAAGAUGCGUCAACCGACUCCUCCGGUCCUGUUUUAAAAGGCGUUUUCGAGGAAGCAGACAGCCAAUGGGAAGUUGUGGAAACGAAGAUCGUGAGUGAUAAUGUGACAGAUAUUCAGAGAAGUGUGAUGUCCUGGACGGACCAAGGAAGUACUAUCAAUGUUGUGAUUACUACUGGUGGGACCGGCUUUGCAGUCUCAGAUAAUACUCCUGAGGCAAUUACACCCCUUCUACACAAGCAAGCUCCAGGACUUGUCCAUGGAAUGCUUGCUGCUUCAUUGGCAGUCACCCCUUUUGCUCUCAUGUCAAGGCCGGUAGCGGGUGUUCGGAACAAGACAAUCAUCGUCACAUUACCUGGAUCUCCCAAAGGAGCAAAGGAGAACCUUCAAUCAAUAUUGAAGCUUUUACCGCAUGCUUGCCUUCAGGCUGCAGGAGCAGAUUCCCGGACGCUUCAUUUGGGAGGUGUGAAGAAGCUCGAGAAGGAAGCUGGUAUUGGUUCUGAGGGUGCUUCCCUGUCGGUACAUUCACAUAAACAUGAUCACUCCCAUAAUCACUCACAUGGUCACGGUCAUAGCCAUGGGCAUGCAAUGCCUGUUAGACAUACUGCGCCAGAUGAAAAUCCUCGUUCAAAUGAUCCCGCUCUCGGUCCAACGCGACGGAGUCGUUCAUCGCCAUACCCCAUGUUAUCUGUCGAAGAAGCUUUGAAGCUAAUAGAAAAACAUACACCUGCUCCACAUGUCGUGAAAGCUGAUGUAAAUGGAGACAUAGUAGGAUCUGUUCUAGCGGAGGAUGUUACGGCAACUGAAGCUGUGCCGGCAUAUCGCGCCAGUAUUGUAGACGGAUAUGCGGUCAUUGCUACAGAAGGCGUGUUUCCUGUGGCAUCGAUAUCUCAUGCCACCGCCGGUGAGCAUCCUCUUCUGCUAGAAGGUCAGAUCGCACGCAUUACAACUGGUGCACCACUUCCGCCUGGGGCUACUUCUGUAAUAAUGGUAGAAGAUACUGUGCUGAAGACGAUGACCGAGGAUGGUGGGGAGGAGAAAGAAGUCGAGAUAUUAGCCGAUGGAGUAAAGCCUGGUGAAAAUGUUAGAGAAGUCGGUAGUGACAUUGAAGCUGGGUCUAUUAUCAUGCGCAAAGGGGAAGAAAUAUCUGCCAAUGGUGGCGAACUCGGUCUACUCACGUCUGUCGGCAGAGCAGAAGUCACUGUUUACAAAAAACCAAUCGUCGGUGUGCUCUCCACAGGAGACGAAAUUGUCGAACAUAAUAGACCUGGCUCUCUUAGAAUGGGAGAAGUUCGUGAUUGUAAUAGGCCAACAAUCAUGGCUGCCGUGCAAGGUCUAGGAUUUGAAGUCAUAGAUCUCGGUAUCGCUCGAGAUAAGCCUGGAGAUUUAGAACAAACACUUCGGGAUGGACUUCGAAAAGUUGAUGUUGUUAUCACCACUGGUGGUGUAUCGAUGGGCGAGCUCGAUCUUCUUAAACCUACCAUUGAGAGAUCAUUAGGGGGAACAAUUCAUUUCGGUCGUGUAUCAAUGAAACCUGGGAAACCUACAACUUUUGCAACGGUACCAGUGAAGAACAACGAUGGGGAAAGAGUUUCAAAGGUCAUAUUUUCUCUACCUGGUAAUCCGGUCUCAGCUAUAGUUACCCUACAUCUAUUUGUUCUACCUUCUCUACAUCACGCUUCUGGAAUAUCUCCUGUGGGAUUGCCUAAGGUUCCAGUAACUCUAUCACACGAUAUUCGUUUGGAUCCCCAAAGAGUUGAGUACCAUAGAGCGAUUGUCUCAAUAGGGAGAGACGGCAUUUUAUAUGCAAGUAGCACUGGCAUGCAACGCAGCUCAAGGGUUGGAAGCUUAAAGAGUGCAAAUGCAUUAUUAUGCUUGCCAAUCGGAUCGAAGGAUUUGCCGAGAAAGACAAAGGUAGAAGCGUUGCUGAUGAGUAUGGUCAGGAGUCAAUAUGAAGAAUACUGCAAUACAGUUUUCUGGAGAGCUGGUAUGACAGCUCGCCUUAAUCCAUGCCCCGAACAAAAUUUCAGAGCAUUUUUUGUGAGGGUUGGCAUCUUGGAUGGCUUGGAUUUUGGUACUUGUAAAUGGAUCGGACAAUCUGGAUACUGCAAAAUGUGUGAAGAAGAAUACCAUAUGCCAAAAGCCGUUCCAUUCCGCACCUAUGAAGACUGUGAAUUUCUCGAAGGAAUUGGCGACCUCACCGGCCCAAUCUUCGCAGUCAAGUUAGCUGAACCGAUCACAUACCCUCCUCCACCUCACUCAAUCCAGUUCUCCUCUACUCCAAAUGAAUGCGUGUCCAAAGACUUUCUUGACAUGGAGAUAGCCAAAACAUCGACUCCCCCACAUGAAGCAACACCACCCACUGGAGAAAACUUGUUAGAGCGUAGACUCAAAGCUUCAUUACACCAUCCCUACAUCUUCACGCCGUACAUCAACAAUGCCGUUGCAGACUUGAUCUCCGUUAAAGACCAGGACCUCGCAAUUUUGAUCUCGAUUCAAGAGAAAGACAUUCCCGAGGGAGCUUCAGAGAAAGGUUCCAUAAAAGAUUUACGAGAACUAUACUUUCCAGCAAAGAUGCAAAUGUAUGAACUGAAUCAAGGUGUAGAUGGUGUUACUCAACAAUGGAGUAGCCGAGGUUAUUAUGAAGGACUAAUGGUAGAGGGUGUACCCAGCCAGUACUUCUGGAAUCACUGUGGAAUGACACCUCAAGAUGAGCAGUAUGUCGUGGAUAGGUUGAAGGACGGCAUACCAUUGCGACACAUUUGGCGUGAGAAGUUCAAGGAGAGAGGCAUGGAUAUUGCAAUGUUCUAUCAAUACGGGCGAAAGAUGGAGCAGCACUUUGAAGCUCGUGGAGUACGGGUAAACUCCAAGAUGGGAGAAAUUCAACGCGAACUUGGUACAAGAUCCCAAGCAGCCGAUGGCAUGCAGCCAUUUGGUACGUAUCGACAGGGUGUGAACAGUGAUUUACAACCUGGCUAUGGGGUAUCUCAUGCUCAAAUCAAUCCUUUUGGACGAAGCUUAGAGGAUCUCAAUCAACAACAUCGGCAGCAGCAGAUGCAAGAACAUACGCAACAAAAUGUGAUGCAGCAGGUGAUACAGCAGCAGUUAGUCCAGCAACAAAUUGCCAAGCAGCAGAUUCUCCGACAAUACCAGGUGCAGCAGCAACAGAUGUGGCAACAGCAGAUGAUGCAACAAAUGCAACAACUACAGGAACAAUCACAAAAGGCCAUGGAUAUUGAAAGGGGCCCGAUUGUGGCUGCGGAGGAAAUCGAGUCGUAUGAGCUAUAA